AAGGAAGGAAAGCGCCGGCGGAGCUGCUGCUGCUGCUGGGCCCGGCCGCUCCAGGAUCGCCCGCUUGCAUCUGCAGGGGGGGAGGCUGCUGCAAGCCCCGCUUUUGACCUUCAGCCGCCGGAGCGCCCCCUCUCUUCCCCCCCCCCCCCCUUCCAGCUUUGCAACCCCUGAAACCGAUCGACGGCGCCGCCGCGGUUGCAAAAGCGCAGCUUCCACUCGCCGAGCAGGCGCGCGAGCCGGGAGGCGAUCCGUUUCCUUUCUCUCUCCCGUCCUCCCCCCGGCCCGGAAGGAUUUAUAUAUAUAUUUUGCAAACAGGAUCGUGGCCUCGACUGGAUCCCUUCCUCCUCCGGCCUCUGCUGGGUGCAACGGCGGCGAGGAAGCGUCGGUGGAAGCAGCAGCCACCCGAGCGGCGCUUUGGAGAGGCGGCGGGGGAACCUCUCCUUUGUCCGCCUGCCCCCCCUUCGGCGGAAGGGGCCUGGGAAAAGGGGGAGGGGGCGGCUCGCCCGGCCCCCCAUUCAUUUUUGCAUUCCGCGUUUUGCGGCUCGCCAAGGGGCGAAGGAAGGGGGCGGCGAGCGGAAAGCGCCCUGGGGUUCCUUUGCGCACGCCGCGCGCACCGAAACUCGCCUUUCUCCCACCCCCGGGAACCCGACGCCCCCUCCGCGAUUGCAACUGACCGGGGGGCGGCUCGGAGAGCUUUUCUUGCAUUGAUUUUUUUGCAUUGAAAAAAAAAAUUAUUUUUCUCCUCUCCCCCGGGGUGAUUUCCCCUCCCUUUUCCCCGGGUCUUGUAACCCGGCGGAGAGCUGCGAAUCGAUUCCACGCGUCUCGGCCGCCGUGUAUUUGUUUGGGAGGGGGGGAGGAGGAGGAAGAGGAAAGGGGGGGCGAGGCGACGAGAAAAGAUGGAGGUUGAAGAUGCGGACUGUUUGCUCCACCGUCCUUCGUGCUGGGAGACCCGCCGGCGACGCUGAAGAACGACCUUUUUCCUGCCUUUGUAGCCCUCCUUAGGGGAGGGGGCUGACCCCAAAAAAGAGAGGGGGGGAGAAGAGAGAGAAGGGGCCCCCUGCUAUUUUGCAAGCACCAAAACAAGGCUCGGGCACCCCCUCCCCCUUGGGUGCAUCCAGAAAGGGAAAUUGGCAAAACAACACGCCGCUUCUGGAGAGCUUAUUUUUCCUUUUUUUUUUUGGGAGGGGGAGGGGGCCUCCCUCGUUUCCCCUCCCCUGAAUUGUUGUGGCUUUUUUCUUUUUGUUUCCCUCUUCUCCCCUUGGGGAGCGGGGGGGGGGAGAAGCUUGGAGGACUUUCCCCCCCGGAUUUAUUUAUUUAUAUAUAUAUAUUUGUUGUGGCUGUGUUUGCUGAAAUAUACAUAAGACACACACACACACACACACACACACAAAAGGCAAUUUGGGGCCGGAUUUCACCAAAAGGAAGAGGAAUGAAGGCUGGCGUCCCCGGAGGGUCCUUAUUUGGAGGACUUUUGAUUGUUUUAGCCGCGACCUGCUUAUGGCCAGCAAAUGCGAAGAUUUGUGGGCCAAACAUGGAUAUUCGGAACAGCAUGCAGGAACUGAGGCAGUUGGAAGAUUGCACGGUCAUCGAAGGGUUUCUCCGGAUUCUGUUGAUCUCCCAGGUGGAGGAUUUCAGCUCCUACCGCUUCCCAAAGCUCACUGUGAUCACAGAUUACUUGCUGCUGUUCCGUGUCGCUGGCCUAGAGACCCUCAGCGACCUCUUCCCCAACCUCACAGUCAUCCGCGGCAAGAACCUUUUUUACAAUUACGCGCUGGUCAUCUUUGAGAUGACCAACCUCAAAGACAUCGGGCUGUACAACUUGAGGAACAUCACGCGGGGAGCCAUCCGGAUUGAGAAGAACAGUGACCUGUGUUACCUCUCCACCGUGGACUGGUCUCUCAUCCUGGACUCGGCGUCCAACAAUUACAUCGUUCGGAAUAAAUUGCCGAAGGAAUGUGGGGAUCUCUGUCCGGGCACGGCGGAGGGCAACUCGCGGUGUAAGACCACCUACAUUAACGAUGAACACAAUCCCCGGUGCUGGACUUCCAACCACUGCCAGAAAAUAUGUCCUAGCUCUUGCGGCAAGCACGCGUGCACAGACCAGAAUGAAUGUUGCCACCCGGAAUGUUUGGGAAGCUGCACGGCGCCGAACAACAACUCCGCCUGUGUGGCUUGCCGCAACUACUACCACGACGGGGUCUGCGUCCCCACCUGCCCCCCGAACACCUACAAGUUUGAGGGCUGGCGUUGCAUCACCAGGGAGGCCUGCAAAGAACUGUCUACGGCUGCUCCGGAAGACGAGAAGUUUGUGAUUCAUGACAAUGAGUGCGUGCCAGAGUGCCCUCCCGGGUUCAUGCUGAAUGACUCCCAAAGCAUGUUCUGUAGCCCGUGCGAAGGACCAUGUCCCAAAGAAUGCUCUGGAGACAAGACUCUGACCAUCGACUCGGUCAAUUCAGCGCAAAUGCUUCAGGGAUGCACCGUGAUCAACGGUAACCUGCUGAUCAACAUCCGCCGUGGAAGGUGUCUGGCAGUAUUCACUGCCUCAGGGGGAUUCCCUGGUCUUACUUUGGGGACUCUCAUUCACCCUCAAAGCCCUGACCACGCCAUAAUGGCAGACAGGGUCCGGACUUUCAUCCCUCCACCUGAGACCUUCCACAGGUUGUCAGAGGAGGGGACUCAGGCAGCGACCUGGCAGGGGGCAAAAGCCUCCCAGAAAAAGCAGGACGACGCCCAGGAGGACGUUCUCCACUGCGCUCUGGAGGAAAACUCCUCAGCUAGGAAUGUGUUGAUUCAGCCCAAUAUACCCAUCAAGAACAGCGACAGGCUGGGAAAUGGAGUGUUGUAUGCGUCUGUGAAUCCGGAAUAUUUCAGUGCUUCAGACGUUUACGUACCAGAUGAGUGGGAAGUGCCCCGGGAAAAGAUCACCAUGUGCCGAGAACUGGGGCAGGGCUCCUUUGGGAUGGUGUAUGAGGGAAUCGCGAAGGGUGUGGUGAAAGAUGAACUGGAAACCAGGGUGGCCAUCAAGACCGUCAAUGAGUCGGCGAGCAUGCGCGAACGGAUCGAAUUUUUGAACGAGGCCUCUGUGAUGAAGGAGUUCAAUUGUCAUCAUGUGGUGCGGCUUCUCGGCGUUGUCUCCCAAGGACAGCCCACGCUUGUCAUUAUGGAACUCAUGACGCGGGGAGAUCUGAAGAGUUAUCUGCGGUCUCUCCGGCCAGACACGGAGAACAAUCCAGCGCAGACUCUUCCGGCGCUGAAGAAGAUGAUCCAGAUGGCGGGCGAGAUUGCAGACGGCAUGGCCUAUCUGAACGCCAACAAGUUCGUCCACAGAGACCUCGCCGCAAGGAACUGCAUGGUUGCAGAAGACUUUACUGUGAAAAUUGGAGGUAUGCUGAGAGAUUGCUAUGAAACCGAUUACUAUCGGAAAGGAGGGAAAGGCCUGCUGCCUGUCCGCUGGAUGUCCCCAGAAUCGCUGAAGGACGGCGUGUUCACGACGCAUUCUGACGUUUGGUCUUUUGGCGUCGUCCUGUGGGAAAUAGCCACGCUAGCAGAGCAGCCGUACCAAGGCAUGUCCAACGAGCAAGUCCUUCGCUUUGUAAUGGAGGGCGGACUUCUGGAGAAACCAGACAAUUGCCCUGAUAUGCUUUUUGAGCUGAUGCGUAUGUGCUGGCAAUAUAAUCCCAAGAUGAGACCCUCCUUCUUGGAAAUCAUCGGGAGCAUCAAGGAUGAGCUCGAUCCCGCCUUCAAGGAAGUCUCCUUCUUCUACAGUGAUGAGAACAAGCCGCCGGAUACCGAAGAGCUGGACCUGGAGACGGAGAAUAUGGAGAGCAUUCCUUUAGACCCCUCCUCCACCCUCCAACCUUCUGACAAACACUCAGGACACAAAGCAGAGAAUGGCCCGGGUGUGGUGGUCCUUCUGGGCCGAAAGCAGAGGAAGAGACAGCGAUAAGCAGCUAUAUAGGCAGCGGGGAAUGACGCCAAAGAGCGAAGCGAGCGUUGCCUUUGCCCCAGUCUUCGGCCUGCUGACCUUUAGAACCAGGUUUUUGCAAACAUGUGACGUGCGCGUGUGUCGGGGGAAAAGGGUGGGGGAACAGAAAGCAAGCAAGAAAAAAAUAACAAUAUAUUCAAAAGCCUACUGUACCUCAGUGGAUCUUCAGAACCGUCAUAGCUGCACACAGGAGACUCCUCUCUUCGUUUAGAAGUUGAAAUAACUUUUUUUUUCAAUAUGCAAGCAGAAGAUUGUUUCAGCGAAAGAAACUUGUCUGUGGGGUGCACGGUCAGCCUUUGAAACUCUUAACGUUUAACACUUAAUAGCAACAGAAAACUUGAGAGUCUGACGCGUAUCUCCCCCUUUUCCCCCUCUUCUUUCUCUCUGCUUCAUAAUGGGAAACAUAUCUGCGUGAAGUUUCAACUGUACGGCACUUUUUUUAUCACAUCAAAGAAAAUUGCAGGCCAGCCGGUUCUCCGUUACCCCUUGUGAGUACCUGCUUCACACUGUAGGUUGUUAAAACAAAAAGAGGAUUCAAAGGAAAAAAAAGGACUGGAUUUUAUUAUUCCUUAAUAUUUUGAGGCUCAUGUAAAAUAAUAAAGAAGGGCCGUUGUUUGUCCGAGGUUAUUAACAGUUUUCAGCGCUGCCAAAUUUUGCCAAAAAAAAGUGAAACUUUUUCUUUUAGGAUUUUUUUCCCCAUAGGCCUAGAAGGAGCAAAAGUAAUCACAGGUUCUAGUUAAAUGAAAAAUUGACCAAUACACUCAAUUCAAUCAUACACUGGCACUCUUUUGGGGUGGGGGGAAGUUCAAAUUGUCGCAAUCCUUUUUUUUUUUCAGCUGGACAAAACCUGUUAAUUUUUUUUCUUUGACGCAAUUGAGAACGUAAGGGGUUGUUUAGGUUUAAAUGAAUUUCCCCCCCCCCCCCCCCGAUGGAAUUCUGAAUAAAACUGGCAUCAGAGGUUGGGAGGGGGGAAGAUAUCUCUUGUGCCGAAAAUUCAGCAGCACUCGAAAAAGGAAAUAAAGGCAGACAAAACCAGAAGGGAUUUUCCUGCUGUCAUUGGUAGGCUUGGGGGAAAGAGAACGAACGACUGAGAAAAACAGAAACGUUGGAGGAGAACCACCCAAUUAAAUGGAUUCAAGCAUCUAACACUUUGUCAACUUUUUUUCCUCUGUUAUUAAGACUUCAAAAGGGUCUUGCAGUUGUAUGUUAGACCAUGGAUCAUUUGCAUACACAUUCGUCUUUUUGUGUCACUUUUAUAACUUUUUUACAGUUCAGAUACUCAUCUAUAUGUCUGUACAGAAAAAAAGCUGCUAUUUUUUUGUUUAUCUUUGUGGAUUUAAUCUAUGAAAAAAAAUCUUCAGGUCUACCCUUUUCCCCCUCCCUUGACACCCUCUAUCCCCCCGACCCCAGGUUCCCGGAAGAUUUCUUAUGCUUUGUACUUCAAUGUGUAAUGUUUAUUUUAUUAUUUUUUUGCCUGUCCUCACUUUCCCAAGACGGGUUACCUGAAACAUGAAUUGUCAUGAACUGUUUCAUGCCUUCUAUAAAUAAUUUCUGCUUUUCUUUCUUUCUUUCUUUCUUUCUUUCUUUCUUUCUUUCUUUCUUUCUUUCUUUCUUUCUUUCUUUCUUUCUUUCUUUCUUUCUUUCUUUCUUUCUUUCUUUCUUUCUUUCUUUCUUUCUUUCUUUCUUUCUUUCUCUCUCUCUCUCUCUCUCUCUCUGUCUCUCUCUGUCUCUCUCUCUGUCUCUCUCUCUGUCUCUCUCUCUCUCUGUCUGUCUUUCUGCUAGUUGUUUGAACAGGCUGUUUAGGGUUAAAACACUCUUUAAGUGGAGGGGUCGGGGUUAGACCCUCCUGGGUUGUAGGCUGGGGCUCUCUCCUCCCUUCGAUCAACUGUGUUCUCGUUUUCCUUGCUACCCUUUGCCCAUACAACACCCGAGUCUGUUACAAUGUAAGGUAUGAUUCAAACUCAGGUUUGGGGCGGGGCGGGGGGUUAAUUCUUUGUAGUAUUCAGUGUUCAUAUUCAUUGAUGUAUAGCUCGUCUCAGCUCCUGCUUUGUUUUUAGGUUACAUUUCAAACAACCGCACACAGAAACCUACAUGCGUGUGUAUCUUAAUUGUGAGGUGUAACAGCUUUUGAGCCGCGGAUACCAGGCUUUGGGAGGUCAUCGUCGUCAUUAUUAUUACUAUUUUUUAAAAAAAGUAACAAUGAAAUUUGCAAUGCUUCCAUCCCAUCAACAACGUGUAAUUCUCAGCAAACAGUAACGUGUUCGGGAACUGUAUGUUAUCGGCUGUGGCCAGUAUUGUCAACCAAACUGCUUUGGGGAUUGGCUAGGAGGAGGUUGGCUUUUUCAAAAAUGGCGGCUGGUUAAAAAUGGAGGCCAGCUGUGAGGAAGCGAUGUCGGUCAUGCCUAGCCGGCUGAUAUGCACAGGAUCAAAAUGUUCUGUUGUAGCAACUGCAGAUAUCUUUGAAAACUCAUACUUAGCAGUUCCAACCAAACUCCCAUAACUGAAUCACCAGAAGUUCUUGAACUGAGUUGUGCGUGCUGGAGUAGAGGAGGUGGAAGUUCCCGAUGGUCUGAAAUGAAGGGAACCUUAAUAUUAAAUUCAAUGGCAAAGAAGCAGUUGAUCCAAUCACCCAAUCUUUCAACAAAAAGAAGGGUUGUUUUGGGAUGGAAAUGUUGAAUUGUUCCAUUUGUUCUCUCCCUCCCUUCUCCCUCUCUCUUCCUUCCUCCCCCCCCCCCUUUGGUUGCAUUUAAGAACAAAGAAUUAAAAAAUAUAAUUGCUAGAUGUGACUGGAGUUAAGAUAUGUUUGUAGUGCUUUUACCCCCCCCCCCCGUACAGCUUCAGUCUCAACAUCAUCUUUUCGUCUCUGUCUCAUAGUCUAUUUUUUCCCUCAUAAAAAGAAGAAAAAGGAAAAAAAAGGUAUUCUAUGUAGGAUUUUUCUUUUAAUUUAUUUUUGUGUUAUCAGUUUAAAUCACUGUAGAGCGCCCCAUAUUAAAUUUAAAUACUGAGAUAAGGGUUUUUUGAGUUAUGACAGGGGGACAGUUUUUUUAAAAAAAUUCAAACAUUUAUCUACCUCACUCUUAUUUUUGUGUGUGUGUGUGUGUGUAUAUAUAUAAAAUAUACAUCUCACAUUUUCUCAGCAGCCGACAAUAUACUGUUGAUACUGGUAACCUCAUUCAUUGUACAAACCACAUCCUCCAGGUUUUGAGAAGAGGGGUCACAAUGGAAUCAAAAAGAUCACUCAGAAAAUGUUGGGAGUUGCUGCUUUUAAAACAGUCAACAACCUGCAUUUUCCUGGCACAUUGAGGGUUGCUGGCGGUUGAUUCAGUGGGUCAUUUGAACUAAAAAUCAAUAGCUGCUCUUUUAAAAAGUUCUCAUAAAUAGAGUGUCACAGUGACUAUCCUGGGAGACUGUGCUGGCGAACACUAGAAGAAUAGUACAACACAAACUUUUUACAAAGCUCGAUCAUCUAGCCUAUGAAUUAGUGUCUCUCUUUUGAGUUUAAAAUGAGGAAUUUGUUAAUUCAGGCACCCAACUUGACACACAUUUUGGAUAGUCACACUUCUAAAUAGGGAGAAGAGGACGAAACUGAAGCCCUCUUCAAGUGCCGCUGGCAUUGCGAAAGAAAGGGCUUUCCCAUAUUCUUGUUUUCCUUGUUUUUGUGUUCCAGUUAAUUCAGUUUUUUCUUUUCUAUUCCGCACAUAGUUUGCUUCCCCUAGUGGUCAAUUUGAUAUUUCAUUGGUUUAUGUUUGGCAAGCAUGUUUAAAUUGCAGGUUUUUAUACAGGACAUAAACAAAUGUAAUAUCAAAUCAAUAACUGGAGGCUGGAAGACACAUGGGGAGCAGGGAAAAAAUUCCCUGAAGGAAUAGGAACACAAGCAAGUAAGGAAAAUGAGAAUGUAGAAAAAACCCACGUAUGAACAAAUUAGUACCUAAGAAUCGUUUUGUCUUUGGGCCAAUCCAAAGAAGUGAUGCCACAUUAAGUUUUAAAUCUUUUUCAAUAGCUUCUUUGGUAGGGCACAAUAUCUUGUUUUGACGUAGCUUUUUUAGAAAAACAUCCAUUAAUUGAAUUUUGGAAUUGGUGUUGAAUAUAGUUCUGUAUGCUUUGAACUAAGACCUUCUGACAUUGGUUCUGAUCAACCAGCUGGCAAAUUCUCGCAAAAGCUUUUCACUCGUGGGUGAAUUAGAGUGUGAAAGAAAUGUACCCACCAUCCUCCCCAAGUUUUGCAAGAAUUACAUGGUGGUCCAGUUCCUACAAGGGUUGGAGAAACCAAGCAUCGUUGGGAUCUUCCAUGCUUUAAUUUCAUGGAUCCGAAACUUUGAUGCCUAGUGAUCCUUUUGUUAUUCCUGUCGUAGCCUCUCGUCUCUUGCACAUAUUAAUCUCCACAAUUCGUGGGGAUCCUCAGAUCUUUCAGCUGGCUAAGAGGGUUUUGUUAAAACUGUCCAAGUUAUUUUUUUUAAUUGUAUGUAGGUGGUUUUUAAAACAUUAGGAGAGAACACUAAUAUUGUAGUGCCCAUCUUAAUAUACGUUUCAGAAGCAUUCAAGCGUCAGGCAGUCAUGUGACUAAACGAGUGGGCGCACGUGAUUACGGCAGCCCAUCUGGACCAAACCACCUCAACUCUACCAUUGUGCUCUGCUCUUGCAACAUCUGAACUAAUUCCAUUUUAGCUUACACGGCUCUUUCUGUACUGGUAUUGUGUGUUUGGGGUUGUGUGUGUAUCCCAGAUCACGUUAUCUACCUGGUAUUUUCUCAUACAGUCCUUCUAUUGAUAGUAAAUAUUCUUUUAUGCAUGUCAAAACAUUAGAGAAUUUAAUGUAGGCUUGGUAACGGGCACAAGACUUGCCUUUUUCUGCAAGGUGUUGUGUGGCAUGGGGUAGAGAAGAUUUCCCCCCUUAGAUCUUGACACGAGUUUGAAUUAAAAUUGUAGAAAUUCAGUUUGUACGCCUCAUGGUAAGCUCAGAAGAUCUAGCAAGAUGCGACUGUCCAAUGGAGAAAUGCAUUGACUUGGACGAAGACAGAUAAUUAUUUCGACAAGCACGUCAUCUUAAGUUAAGAAUGUAAGAGUUCUCAUGGAUCCGUACAAGGGCUCAUAUAAUCCAGCAUUGCAUUUUUUCACCAUGGCAGCCAUUUUUUUCAAGACGCCCACAAAUGGCAUGAAAGCAGCCACCUUCCCUCCGUUUGUUCCCUUGCAAUUUAGAGGCAGGCUGUUCCUGAGCAGGCAGCCUCCAUUUAGCAAACAUGGCGAUAGAAAUGCAUUCUGGGUGUUUAGGUCCCCUUUUAAAGCUAAGUCAGCGGACAUUGCUGCAUUUUGUGGCAUUGAGGUUUUUUUCUUCAUAAACCAUUGGCUUCGUGGCCUGACACCUCUACUCAUCAAUUUAAUUGGAUGAAUCCUAGUUCUAGGAUAAAAGACUAAGAGCUUUCUCUGCACCAUUUUUUAAAAUAAACCUGUACCAAAUGCACUCUUUGUGGUCUGUUGGCCUUCUUGUUGCUUCUUCACUAAGUUUGAAGAUAGAAAUCUUUUUUUUUUAAGCAUUCACAGUCCCCUUUGGUUUUCACCAUUCUGAAGAACUUGGCACCAUCCAAAAGCUUGGUUACCUCACCGCCUGCCCCUGAAUCCAAAUUAUUAAUGAAUAAGUUAAUAAUCCAAUUUACCUAUUUACUUGUCAAGACUUGUCAUUUCCCAGACGACUCCUCCCCAAAACACUUUUCAAAAUUUGAAGUCAGGUCGAUUUCGUUCAGAUUUUCCAGUCAGGGUGGUUUUGAUUGACGAGUCAUAUUUUUGUUGCGAUCAUGCGGUUGUGUUUUUCAAAAUAUAUCACUAAGCCCUAGAAGAACUACAUCUCAUGUCAACUUUAUCAGACUUGAUUGUUGAGAAAUCCUCACAAAUAAGUGGUUCAGGCACAAUGUUUGUCCUUGUGAGUUUUUUUUCCCAAUGGUGUGCAGAAGGUGGUUUGGUUUCAGGGGAGGAAGGUUGGACUAAGGAAAGUUUCGUGUUUAGCUCGGCUUGUUUUGACCAUAGCUAGACUCAAAAGCAGAAUAGAAGAGAGGCUGGCUUCCAGUUAAGCUUUGGCCUUUCCUCGGUGGUUCUGAGCACAACGGUUCUCAGCAAGGUUGAAGUUGGCAAGUGUCGAUGCCCUUCCUGGUGCAUUUGGCCUUCCGUGGUGCAUGAUCUCAGUUUGCCCGGGACUGGGCACCAGACGGAACUCUGUUCAGAUCCUCUGGGGAUGGCCGAGGGUUGUUUAGCACAAUCCAUGUCUGAGUGAAUGACUCUCCUCGUUGUUGGGAUAGUUUUCUAUGUAGUUAUAUUAAAACUUUCCAUUCCAAAAGUCAGUAACACUUUCUUGUUGCUCUUUGAGUUUGUUUGUUAGCAACGUACUUAAUCACUGGGGCUACGUAACAAAUCAUAGGAGCCACAGGUGACCCGCUCCUUUUCGCCCAGUGAUAAACUCGCCUCAACUUUUUUAAAAAUGUAUAUUUUUUAAAAAUAGUGGGGCAAACUAAAUUGACAAAGAAGCCCAUUAAUAUUAGUUGAACUUUUUUUUUUUUAAUUUUCUGGUGUUGCUGAAGAUACAGAACCCCUGGGUGAUAAUCAAGAAAGUUUUGGGAUGACAUUUCAGUUUUGAAGGCCCAGUUGGUUCUGAGUUUGAGGCCUGGAACGUUUCUUUUCAUCAACUAUGAGAACCAUGAUGACGUCUUUCUAAAACCGCAGGGGAAACCAGUGCAUGGUGGGGUUGUGAAAACAGUUGCGGGGCAGAAAUAUUGAUCUCAGAAAUACUGAGUAGCUGUGCAGAGGGAAUACACGCAGAUUCAAAGAUCUUAUUGUUUGGAACUUGCAGAAAUGAGAAUCAAGUACAACCGUUGCUCUUUGUGAUACGUUUUAUCCUGACUCAGAGGCGAAUGUUGAUGUGGAGCACCUGAAUAUGUGGAAUUCUCUAUUCUCUUUAAGAGAGGGCAGUUCCAUUCUUUGAUAAAAACAGAGAUGCUCUUGCUGAGAUGGAGGAGUUUGUUGUAUGUGUGCCAGUUCCUGAUGGCUUUCAUUACACGUAUAGCAUGUGGAAUGUGUGUGUACCUGUGUGUGGUUGUCAUCUUUUUAUUUUGUAUCCUUUGUUGACUAUAAUCCAUUAGCAUUUUCAACGGGGCUUUUGAGUCCAGUAGAUUACGGGUAGUCAGUUGACAAAAAGAUCUGGUUUACAAAACAAACAAACCCUAAUUACAUAUUUCAUUGCAUUUUGUAAGUGCAUAGAAUAAUUUUUAUAAAAAUGUUUGUAGUUUAUAAAUGCCUACAGGUAAUUUAAAGGGCACUUUUCUCUGUGUGUGUGUGUGCGUGUGUGCGUGUGUGUGUGUGUGUAUCUGAGCAGGUAUGCAAGGGCUUUUGGGUUGUGUUUUUUUUUAAAAGGAUACCGGUUUUACUAGUUAGCUUUACAGUACACCAAAAAAAGUGGAUUCUGUACAAACUCGCGGUCACGGCUAAUUCCUUGCCCAAUCUUAGUAUCCCAGUACAGAGUAAACCCAGAAUGUUCUGUAUCUUCAGUAACCUGGUCUUCCAGAACCCUCUGGAUGGGUGGGAUAAUUUCUAAUUGGUCAUUUCACUUUUACUGUAUGAGUGCAUUUAAAUUUAAUAGGUCGGCGAGAACCUCAUUGGUUAAGGAAACAGAAUAAGUAUUGCUGCUAAGCAGUUCUUAGCUACAGUCCUAAACACAAUUCUUUGGAAGUGAAUCCCACUGAAAUUCAAGUAAUUUGCUUCUGAGUAAGUGUGCUUGGGGUUGGAACAAUGCUUGCAUUAUUUAAGUAUACGCUUUAUCGUUGUUGCUUAGGUCGAUUGAAGGAUUUGACUGCAUUGUAUGUAGAUGGCAUGGUGAAAGACAACUUUUGAUAGUUUUCACUGAAUGAAAGAAAACUGUUUACAGGUUCCUCAUCACUUUUUUUAAAUAAACAGAAGUGGUUUUGUAUGCAGCCUAUACAAUUUAUGUAGAUUAUUUAGCAACAUUGAAGCUUUGUUUAAAUGACCAUCACAGAUCCCCUAUUUAUUAUAAUUAUUUAAACAAGAAUACCGAAUAUCCUAUUUCCUUUCUCCAAAAAUAACAUGUUCCUUCCCCUUCUUCUUACCUGAAGGAUUCUGGAUAGUUUUUGUUGCCUUUUUCAGAAACUUUUUUUUUCUGUUUUCUAAACCAGUGAGGUUUGAGAAGAAAGGACUGGCCAGAGAUCUUCUACCUCUGGGACAAAAAAAAGAGAAAAGAAAAGAAAAAAAAGAAAAAAUGUAAAAACAAACAAAAAAAUCAAACUAGAAAGUGCUAUGGAACUGAAUGCAUUUGCAAACACAACAUUUUCCAAGUUACCUUGUUUAAAAUAUAAAGUUUUUUUAAGAAAAAUUAAAAAAUAAAAUGGUAAUAACAUGGCCAAUUUAUUACAUAAAGACUUGCUGUGUAUAAAUUAUUCCUAAAGAAAUUCCUGUGUUUAUAUUAAAAUGAAUCAGUAGAUGAAAAAAAAAAUUCAAAAUGUUUUUGUAUAUUCUGUUGUAAGAAUUUAUUCCUGUUGCGAUAUACUCUGGAUUCUUUACAUUAUGAAAAAAGAACCUUUGUCUAUUUUGAAUGGCUGAAGCUAAAAAGCUCCCUUAGUUUCUCUUACUCGGCUUUUUUCUAGUAGUUACAGUACUACAUUAUUAAGUUAAGUAAAAAGGAUUCUGUAUGCA